AUGGGUAAGAAGAAGGCAUUCAUCGAUAAGAAAGCCAGUCAAAGAUUUCGGUUGGUGCCGGAUAACAGAGAAAAGAGUGAACGUUUCAAACCAACGCAGGAGCAUUUGGAAGAACAACAGAAGUAUGGAGUCUACUAUGACGACGAUUAUGAUUACUUGCAGCACAUGAGGGCUAUCAAUGAGCCAAUGAAGCUUGAAAAUGUUCAUGAAGAAGUGGAGAAAACAACGAUCAAAUCAUCAUCAUGCCCAUCUGGCUUCCCUCCGGCUCCUCCACUUUUUGGACUUACGGGAGUCAUGAAAAAACCAGAAUUUUUCGACGAAGAUGUUGCCAAUGCUUUAGAAGAUGGAACCGAUGAUAGAAGCGGAGGAGAACUCGAGGAUAAUUUCAUCUCACUAGCUGGAGGAGUUCUAGACGAGCGAACCAUGCUGUUCCGUGAUGUGAGACGAGAUGUCGACUCGGAUGAAGAAGAGGAAGAAGAAGAGGAUGGUGAUGGUCAGAUGUACGACGAUUAUAAUGACGAGGAGUUGUUCGGUGAGGAAGCGGUCGGAGAAAUCAAACCAACUAGAGCUGAGCAAAGAGUUAUCGAUGACGCCUUCGAAGAGCUCAUGGAUAGAGAAUACAACACUGAACAGAUUGGAGAGCUUGAUGGAGACGACUAUGAGGUAGGAGGAGCACUCGAGCCAAACGCGGGACGUCUUCACAAACUCGUCAAUGACAAAGGACCUUCGAAUGCUGAGUAUGAUGAAGAGCUCGCCAAACACUAUGUUCGUGAACGGUUGCGCCUCAUUGAGGAAGGAGUCAUCAAAGACAAAGAAGAGUACGAAAUUGUGGAAGUGGAUGAGGGAACUAAUAAGAAGAUGAAGUGGGAUUGCGAGUCAUUUGCAACACAAUACACAAAUAUCUACAACCAUCCAACAUUGAUUAAAGAACAGCGUGGAUUGUCUAGAAAAGCUUUGAAGCGUUUCGAUAAAGCCGUGGAGGAAAUGGAGAUUGCGGAAGAGAAUGAAGACGAGGAAGAGGAUGAGGAUAUGGAGGAUGACGACGAUGCAGAUGAUAAAGAGAGCGUCUUCUCAACCGUUUCAACAUUCCGACCAAAAGGGGAAACUCCGGAACAGAGAAACUUGAGAAAAAAGGCAGUGAAGGAGGCUAGGAAACAGAGACGAAUUGAGAAGAAGGCUAAUAAAACGAUGUUUGCUGAGGAGAAGAGAAAGCUCGCCAAAGGACGUAUCGGCCAGAUCAAAGCUCGCCCAGUCUAG